AUGACCUUGACGAACAUUCAGACACCAAUGUCGUUAUUUAGGUUUCAGACACUGGCUGUUGCUACUGAGGCGUCGAAAAAACCGACAGACGACGCCGAGGGGCUUCAGAAGGGGAAACGCGUUGUUGCGGACUGGUCUGUUUCAAUCGGAGAGGAGGCCAUUGACAUAAAAGUGGCAAAUUUUUCGAACUGCCCAUCACUAAUAUUAGUUCUAGGUGAACACACAUUCUUUGCCUUUAAGCCAAGCGGCGAGCUUCACUUCUUAAAAGUUCUGGAUUUCACGGCGGCGUGUUUCUUUCCCUACCCAAGUUCGACGGAAGGCAGCUUGAUGCUGCUCAUGGCCACGCAGAGGAGCACGCUGCUCGUGUACCACGACACCGUUCUUAAGUGGGCUGCCCAGCUCUCGUCGGCUCCGAUUGCGCUGGCGAGGACGACGAUACAGAACAUGCAGGGGGCAAUAGUGAGGCUCACCGAGCAGGGACAGCUCAGCUGCAGCUACCUCGGGACCGAUCCGUGCUUGACUGUGGCCGUGGCGCCGGAGAGCCGCGAGUAUUCGCUCAGGGAGGUGGAACAGGAGCUCAACAGGCUGGAGACCGCCAUCAAGUCCAGCAGCGAGCCUCUCCCUGGGCGAAAGAAGGCGGAGACUGAUUUGAAGAUAAAAGUGUUCGCUGGACCCAUGUCUGAGAUUCCAUACCAAUCUGACGAAAGCCCUGCGUCAACAGAAGAUGGUAGUGCUUUUAUCCCAUCGAUUAUAGUGAAGGUCCACCUCGAGGCCACCGCACCUCUGUGCGAUGUUCGCAUCAUGGUGGACGUUGCCAGACCAUUGGUUGCUUUAAACAGUGACGUCACACUCACCACGUUACUGGACCACCACCAAAUGGCAUUUACAGUGAAGCAGGCUGAGACCGUGUUACCGAGCUCCCUGGAUCUUAGAGUUGUGGCUUUCUACCAGAAUUCAUCUGGGGCAUCACAGGUGGUGCAAGCGUCCAUGCAUCUGCCCCUUGCACUCGUCGCACGACCGUGCGUGGCCGAAAGGACCUACGAACACAAGUUGACCAUUGAAACGAAUAAACCUUCUGUUCCAUCUAACGAGCUCUUUCCAGAUUUCACCUGCGACAUUACGUCACAGACUAUUGGCAUGCAGUUCCUUCACGGCCCUCAAGCGAGCAUCUUGGUGUCUAAAUCCUCCCAAAAAUACAGGAUACAGAGCGACAACUUCGCUGUUCUCUGGAUCCCUGUAUUGGAGCUAUUGAGGCGAUUGCAUCAGUAUUAUAAGCGUUCCUCGAAUGACGACACACUAAAGUGCAGUUACAGCUCAAGUUUACCACUUCAGGAGUAUUUUUCUGUCAUCGACGAUUAUGUCAAGGUGAGGCAGGAAGCACUAGAAGUUGAAGAACUACUAAGCCAAAGAGCAGCUCAAUUUCGUGUAGUACAAAAGUGUGUUCUUACCAAGCUCAAGGACAAGACACCCACUCCACUGAACAAUUUAGACUCCUUGUUGGAAGUUACGCAGAGAGAGCUGCUGGGUCUGGGCAAGCGCGCGGUGGAGGUAACGAAUGAAUACCAGCGCAUGCUGUCCAAGCUCAGUUCAGCGAGUCAACUGCUCGUCUUACUACUGAAGCUGAAGACCCAAAUGAGUACUGAAGACCACAAGCUCUUGCAAGACGUCUUUCAUGUAGACCUGGACGCAUCUAUUACAGAGGGCUGGGAGGAGAAGGUGGAGGCGGCCAUCUGCUACCAGCUGCAGACGGGCCAGCCUGAUGAUGAACUGCCACCGGUACCCAAGGAGCUGACGCCUCUCAAGGACGUGACCCGGCUUAAGCAACUGAUCGCCGUCAUCUUCGAGAAGGUUCUCGAUGGUCUUCGUUUGUCGCAGAAUGAUCUGCCCGGUCGCAAAGUUGACAACCAAAGCAAGGAAAGCGACCACAAGGAGCCCAAGCCGGAAGUUUUCUCUCUGGACAGCGCGUCCACAGUGUCAUCACCAAUGCCAGGACCAUCGACAAGCAAGCCAGUAGGCGAUGAAAACGAUCUGCAAGACUGGAUGGCUGAUUCCCAAGAAACGGAGAGCUCUAACAACAGCUUGCAGCAGAAUAGUCCUUAAUUUUGUACCCUUAGCGGUUGCAAUAAUAAUAAUAAUAAAGAAA